CCCUUUCCAACACCUUCCCUCUCUAUAUAUUGACACUUUUUCCCAACUGUUUAUAUGUUUUCUCACAUCAUUCUGCACAUGAAAGAAGCUCACACCAACGGUGAACCAAGUGAAAAGUAGGAGAAGCUGCAAUUUCUAUGGACCAGGUUCCUCCCUCUAAGCGUUCUCCCGACAAGGUUCCUCCCUCCAAGCCUUCUCCGGACCAGGUUCCUCCGGUUCAUGAAAAUGCGGUUGCAGAGGAUCAUGCUGAGAAAAAAAGUACUGAUGAGUCGAACGACAGAGUGGCUGCACUUACAAGAGUUGAAACCGAGAAGAGAUUGGCGUUGAUCAAGGCAUGGGAAGAAAGUGAGAAAACAAAAGCGGAGAAUAAGGCAUACAAGAAGUUGUCUGCAAUUGGAGCCCAGGAAAACACUCAAAGAGCAAAUGUUCAAGCUCAACUUAAGCAGAUUGAGGAAGAAGUGGAGAAAGAAAAGGCGGAAAAAGUAGAGAAAAUGAAGAACAAAAUAGCUAUACUCCACCAGAUAGCAGAAGAAAAGCGAGCCGCGGUGGAAGCUAAACGUGGAGAAGAAAUUCUCAAGGUUGAAGAAGAAGGUGCCAAGUACAGAAAAAGUGGAACCACACCAACUAGAUAUUUGGGAUGCUUUGGCUGUUAAUUUGUUUUAAGUUCUUGACUGGGAUUUGUUGGUCCAUGGUCUUUUGAUUUGUUCUCAUCUACAUAAUGUUUAUGAUCAGUGUUUGAUACAUGAAGAACAGACUAGAGUUUUUUAUA